UACUGUUUUUGAACACGUCCAAAGUCUUGGAUUGUGAAUUGAGAAACUAAUGAAUCCAAUACCAUCCAUUUGAAGACUACGAUCUAUUAAAGUUUUGUUUACGUUAUGGAAACAUAGGCACUGACACGAGGAAUCACAUUCUGCUCAGACCGAUAGAGAGAGAGAGAGAGACAGAGGGGGAGAUAUUGAUUAGUAUAAAAGUAAGAUGUCUGGGUCGAUCUAAAUACGAAACAAUGUUUAGCCUACACUGCAAGCCCGGCGACCACUAUUUCCAAUUAUAUAUUGAGCAGGCUAACAAUGACGUGUUGCGGGUUUGAAACUUGGGCGGAAGUCAGCCUCGGUUUGAUUCUUACCAUUGUUUUGAAAGCACAACUAGCAACAGCAGUAGAUGGGUUCAACCCUACAAUAAGCACUCACUGCCCCGAAGGCUGGACGGGCCCCAAGUGUGAUUACAAAUGUUUGUGUUCCAUGGAGAAGUGUAAUGAAUACUCAGAAUGCCAAGACAGUGUGAGUUGCCUGGAAAAUUACUUUGGACCUGCAUGUCAGUACGUGAACAUAGUGCCCAACAGUAUUGAACACACGGGACCAAUACUGGACCAACUUGAUUCUACCUGUACCAGCAUGAGCAACGGAUCCUCCCAGAGUGUUCAGUUCGAAAGACCCCAGGCGUUUACAUUUCUGAGGCUCUUUCUCGAAGAUUUAACUAAAAUGACCAGUGUUGAUGUCCAGUUCAGCGGCGGCGACUUUAAGACGAAGAGAUCUUGCGAGACGUUCAGCUACAUGUACAUCUCCUCCACCACGAUGGACGUGCACUGCUACACCUCUGAACUGUACACGGAGGUGGAAGUCAUCUGGUACGGCGAUGUUGACGUCUGCGGCAUCUACAUCAGCGGAGGGAGGAAUCUGGUUGCCAGGUCGUCAGCGAAUUCUUCAAGUAGUGAUGCAGACCAGACUGCCGACAAAGCUGUUGACAGUCAUACGCCAUCCAACACCAUCUGCUUUCAUUUCAGCGCUAAUGACACGGACCCGAGAUUCUCCGUAAGCCUGACCGGUAUGGUCAGAAUACAUAAGGUCAUACUUUACGGUUGUGAUGAUUGUGAAAUGAAUGUGUCAUCAGGACCAAAUCAUCUAUCAUUGAAAGAGAACAGCACCAGCUUGCAAGCUCACCAACAGGAGUGGAACUUACUCCUUCAUCUUGUAUCUCCAACUAUAUCUAUCAAGUCAAAAUCUGUAGACUUAACUUUGUGUGAGAUUGUCGUCUUAGGAGAUUGUCAGAAAGGUUUCCAUGGACUAGACUGUUCGUGGCAAUGUAAAGACUACUGCCCACAGCGACGUUGUGACCUGCUCCAUGACACUUGCGCCAGCUGCGGACCUUACCGUUACGGCACUGAUUGCAAAGAAGCUUGUCCUUACUGUAGUGGCUUAGGACUUUGUGAAAACCUGAAAGGUGCCUGUUUAGAAGGAUGCAAGCCAAAUCAAUCAACUAAAUGCAUUUCAUAUGAAAGUAUGGCAGACAAUGCAACAGCAGACGAUCGUUCUAUAAUGCCUUCCAAAGGGGAAGAACGCUUCCAAGUCUGGAUGGUGUAUCUAGUUGUGGCAGGGGCAGCACUCACCACAAUCACGCUCUGCCUGUUAUUUGUAAGCCUCACCAAGCGAGAUUCCAUUAUGAAUUUGAAGGUGGUUGGCGAGUCUAUAGGCCUACCUCCAGCCAGACGGUUGAGCAGGAUUAGGUCGGAGAGUGUCGCCUAAACUUUGUGAUAGUGACUCAUACGUGCCCUCUGUACAAACUACGUACAGUACGAUUGGACAAGUUUUUAAAAAGCUUUACAAUUGUUACACUGACAUAUAUAAUAGUACCACGACUAAUGACUUUAAUUUCAAUUAGUAAAACUAAUUACGUAUGUCAGCUUUGUUUUUAUUUGAUCUUUCUUUAUAACUUUUGUUUUACUAUUAUUCGUGUGUCCGAGUACUUUAAAUUUCAUUUUUAUACCCAAAUAUAUAUGUCCUAUAUGAAGCAAAUAGACGAAUAUGCUGUACUAACAGCGGCUAAUAACGUAUUCACAUUAUUUCGGCUUUCCGAGUCACUCAGUCGAGUAAGUCUGGUAGCAUUGGAUUUGCUGUCAGAAGAGAAG